UCUCCGCGCCGGAGGAUGCGGGAGCGCAUCUGGGCGCCGCUGCCGCUGCUGCCGCUGCUGCUGCUGCUGCUCCCGCCGCCACUGUGGGGCGGCCCCCCGGACAGCCCGCGCCCGGAGGCGCAGCGCGAGCCCGGGCCUCUGCAGCCCUUCGACCUGCUCUACGCCAGCGGCGUGGCCGCCUACUACAGCGAGGACUACGAGCAAGCGGUGCGCGACUUGGAAGCUGCGCUGCGCAGCCACCGGCGCCUGCGGGAGGUCCGCGCGCGCUGCGCCCGCCACUGCGCCGCGCGCCGCCCGCUCGCGUCCCCCGGCGCCGGCCCCGCGGCCGAGCUGCCCUUCUUCCGCGCGCUGCUGGAGCGGGCGCGCUGCUACCGCAGCUGCCAGACCCAGCGCCUCGGGGGCCCCGCGUCCCGCCACCGCGUCAGCGAGGAUGUGCGCAGCGACUUCCAGCGCAGAGUGCCCUACAACUACCUGCAGCGGGCCUACAUCAAGCUUAACCAGCUGGAAAAGGCAGUGGAAGCAGCCCACACGUUUUUUAUGGCCAACCCUGAGCACAUGGAAAUGCAGCAGAACAUCGAGAAUUAUAGAACAAUGGCCGGUGUUGAAGUACUCCAGUUGGUAGACCGAGAAGCCAAACCACAUCUGGAGAGUUACAGUGCAGGAGUUAAACAUUAUGAGGCUGAUGACUUUGAGCUAGCUAUCAAGUACUUUGAACAAGCUUUAAGAGAAUAUUUCAGUGAAGAUAUGGAGUGCAGAGCCCUGUGUGAGGGGCCUCAGAGAUUCGAAGAGUAUGAGUACUUAGGGUACAAAGCUGGCCUCUAUGAAGCCAUUGCAGAUCACUAUAUGCAGGUGCUGGUUUGUCAGCACGAAUGCGUCAGGGAGCUUGCCACCCGCCCUGGCCGCCUCUCACCAAUUGAGAACUUUCUUCCCCUGCAUUAUGACUACCUACAGUUUGCCUACUAUCGAGUUGGCGAAUAUGUGAAAGCCUUGGAGUGUGCUAAAGCUUAUCUUCUCCUCCAUCCGGAUGAUGAGGAUGUACUAGACAAUGUGGAUUACUAUGAGAGCCUGCUAGAUGACAGUGGUGAUCCAGCAUCCAUUGAGGCCAGAGAGGAUUUGGCAAUGUUCGUGAAGCGUCAUAAACUGGAAUCGGAACUAAUAAAAUCAGCUGCAGAGGGUCUGGGAUUUUCAUACACAGAGCCAAAUUAUUGGAUCCGAUAUGGAGGACGACAGGAUGAGAAUCGGGUCCCUUCAGGAGUGAACGUGGAGGGGGCAGAAGUUCAUGGAUUGUCAAUGGGGAAAAAAUCAUCACCCAAGAUAGAUCGAGACUUAAGAGAGGGUGGUCCUCUGCUUUACGAGAACAUCACGUUUGUCUAUAACUCAGAGCAGCUGAACGGGACACAGCGGGUUCUCCUGGAUAACGUCCUGUCGGAAGAACAGUGCCGGGAGCUCCACAGCGUGGCCAGUGGAAUCAUGCUCGUUGGUGAUGGAUACAGAGGGAAAACUUCACCCCAUACACCCAAUGAAAAGUUUGAAGGUGCCACUGUCCUGAAAGCACUCAAGUUUGGUUAUGAAGGCCGAGUCCCACUGAAGAGUGCCCGUCUGUUUUAUGACAUCAGCGAGAAGGCUCGAAAGAUUGUAGAAUCCUAUUUCAUGCUGAACUCAACCCUGUAUUUUUCCUAUACACACAUGGUCUGCCGAACAGCCCUGUCUGGUCAGCAGGAGAGAAGAACUGACCUCAGUCAUCCCAUCCAUGCUGACAACUGCCUGUUGGAUCCUGAGGCCAAUGAAUGCUGGAAGGAGCCUCCCGCCUACACAUUCCGGGACUACAGCGCUCUCCUAUAUAUGAAUGAUGACUUUGAAGGAGGAGAAUUCAUAUUCACUGAGAUGGAUGCCAAGACUGUGACUGCCUCUAUCAAACCAAAGUGUGGGCGCAUGAUCAGUUUCUCUUCCGGAGGAGAGAAUCCGCAUGGAGUGAAGGCAGUCACCAAGGGCCAGAGGUGCGCUGUGGCUCUCUGGUUUACCUUGGAUCCACUUUAUAGAGAAUUGGAGCGAAUACAGGCCGAUGAAGUGAUCGCAAUUCUGGAUCAAGAACAACAAGGGAAGCAUGAACUGAAUAUCAACCCCAAAGAUGAGCUAUAAAAAUGAGGAAAGAAAAAGUUCUAUCAGAUAUUUAUUUAAAUUGUUAAUCUUAUGAGAACCUUUUUAUUUUUGUACAGAGCCAUGGUAUAAAUUAACAGGUUAAUCCGAGUCACCAGAGCCCCCUUUUGUUCUCGAGGAUGCUUGCUUUGCCUCACUCCGUCUGUCUAUCUUGGUUUUUCAUCGGGUCAUCAACCCUCCCCCACCCCAACCCCCACACAUGUGCAUACACACAUGCACUCGUUUGUUGCACAUGCGAAAGCUGAAGCAGAAAGAAUAAGCGCAUUCUUGGCGAAACUACACCUCUCAUGCGUGCUCCAGUUCUAAAGUUAGCAUGUGAUUUGGACGCGAAGCCUUUCUGGCCCUGUGCCCUUGAGCAACACCCUCUCCCGGUCCUGGCAGCCAUGAGCUGGAGUCUGAGGAGCCCCCAGUGGGGUCUGCACUGCCUCAUGCGUCACUGAUUGGCUCUGAAAAGCACGGCAGAAGACGGAGGGCCCCAGCCUUCGCAGGGCCUUGGUGGAGUUAAUUGGCUCUGGUAUUUUCACCUGAGAACAAAGUGACACUGGAAGCUUCGAUUCAUCCUCCACAGUGCUCCAGAAAGGACUGCCCUCAGACUUGCAUCUUUUAAAAGGUGGUUCAGUGGGUUGAAGUAGAAGGACUCUUCACCCCGGUGACUUAGGAAGAAAAUCUUCAAUCCUGCCUGAAUCAGGGCACCGCCCACACAUUGCCUGAGUGUGGGGUCCUUUGGCCAGAAGGGGCAUUUCGUAAGAAAGAUGGAUUUCUGACUGAUUCCAAUAUUCACCUGCAUGUAUUUCGGUGUCCCCUCAUCUUUGCUGCUAUCCAGUUCACAGAUUUGUGCUUGUGUCUGAUUGUUUAAUACAGGGAGCCUUAUUCUAACAUCUGGCAUUUAUUUGUCUUCUCCCAAAUGUUUGGUUUGUCUUCAGGGAAUGGCUUUGUGGCUUUGCGGACAGCCCAGGGACACCACUGGGCCAUGGUUGUGCUGGCAGGUGCUUUGGGGCCACAAGGAAAGUGGAAGCACUAUUUUUGAAGGAACAGAAAUGGUUAGCAGCGGUGUUAGUCCGGAGAACCACUGGUCCGCGGCCAGAAUUCUUGGGAAGCUCUUCAGAGACACUGUUUGGGGUGGAGCCCUGGGUGGUUCCGGCCUGGGGGAGCCUGUGCCGCUAACCAGUGGGAGAUUCUCUGCCCCUGUGAUGGGCACUGGUAGAGGAGUAGUUCUUAAGUGAGCCAGCAGAUCAAAACGUUUUCUGAAAAUCACAUUUACUCUUUUGCCGUUUAUGGUCGUGGUUGACAAUAAGCAUAUUCAUCCUUUGAGACUGAAAAACUGAGUCAUAGUGAGUUAUGUGCCGUCUGUUUCCCACCCAAGCUCCAGUUGGGAGAGCCCAAGGAGCAUUAGAUUAUAAUCCCAGCUGGAUCAAGUAUGCCUGUGUGACCUGGAGCUACUGUCUUUCCCUUUCUGGGCCUCAGUUGCCUUUUCUGACAGCGACAUAAUUGGUUAUAAUCGUUUCCAAAAUGCCCUCCACCCUCUCACUCAAACUACAAAGCAGAUAAAAGACAAAAACAAGACGAUCUUAGAAAUGUGUGCAAAUAUAAUCAGAUUCACUUCGACAAACACUCGGAGAAUCAGGAAUGGGUUCAUUAUGUACACAUCUGAUUUCAAGAACUUUAAACCCAACUUUAGGGCUAAAACGUCCUGAGCUUUGAAAAGGUAGAUUUCUGUUUGCUUGCUGUCUCGCUGAGAAGCAUGUGCUGGCACUCUGAUUUGCUGAUAGGAGAAUCUGGGCAAGAUCUAAUUUCUGUUUUCUGGCAACAAGGCAUCAACAAAGAAAACAGUCUUUGGCUCCUCGUAGCUCCCACUUCCUGGGUGCUGCGGGAGCCCCAGGAGGGGCAGGGACUUGGGCGCUGAUGCUGAGACGCGGCCCCGCAGAAAGUGGGUGAUGGCCUCCAUAGAUGUCGUGUGGAUCCACGUCGCCAGCCAUGUGCUGACUGCAUGGAGGAGUGAUUCCUGUUUUUCAGGUUGCCCAUGUCGUUUUACACCUGGGACAUCAUGUAUCCACUAAAGCGUUUACUGUUUAAUCUGCUCCGCAUCAAACCAUACACGAUUUUCUUCAGAUAGUUAGGGAGUGUCAUCAGAUGACUUGAGACAAACCUGAGCCGGGGCUGCUGAGUCGAGUGAUGUGAGGAUGCCCGGCCAGGGCGUGCGGACUCUUGAAUGCUGGCGCUGGAUGGUGUCCACUACAGGGAGGGGUGCCUUGUUCGAUUUAGCUCGAGAUGGUACUUAUUCCCCAGUCUAUGGACCUGGACGGCUGUGUCGAUCCAGAAGCGGUGCCUUUUUCUGAUUCACUCAGAAAUGCUGUAUGUGCUGGAGACAGCCCCGGCUGGAAGGCCCGCCCACUUAUUAUGACCUCAUGUCCGGGCCUCUGUGGCUAUACCUCUUGGGGAACUACCACUGGUCUGAUGACCAUCCCUCCUUUGGGUGAAAAGCCUGCAGUUCCACAAAGCUUUUAUUUUCACAGUAUUAUUGCAUUGGAUGCUUCUAAGCAGAGCUUGCUCACACACUAGCACCCCAGGACGUGUUCUGGGUACAGAUCAUUAUGCCACUUCCCAGAUGAGGAAAUGGACGGCAGUGGAGGGAAACUGGAGGCUGUGAUCACUUAGCUUGGAAUGUCUGUGUCUCAGGUAGAAGCACAGCCUUUUGAACCGGAAGGGAGAGGGGCGCCUGGGUGGCUCAGUCGGGCAAGUGUCCUACUU